GUCGGAUGUUUUAAAAUAUUUGAUACCGGAAGUGUCGGGUUAUUGAGGGGUUUCCUAUGCAAACUGGUAAAAGACAGUUAAUCGAAUUGAAAUUGCAAUAAAGUUGACUCUUUAGAACUUUAAAUGAAGAGCUAUCAUUUAUAUUUCUAAACCAGCUUGCACAUUCGCCGUUCCAAUUAAAAAACGGCUCCGAACCCAAUCCGUUUAAUGUAUUUAAAUGAAGACUCCAAACGGAUAUUAAAUUUCAGUAGAUUAAACGCCAAUUUUAAAAAUUCAUUAACACUGGCGCUUGCACUCUGAUCGGUUUAUUAAAACAGCAGUGAACAAUAUAGGUAGUGCUUUGAACAUUAAGAAGGAUUAAACAUUAAUUCGCACCUGAAUUACGUAGCGGUAGUCUUUUAAGUAGAUGUCAUUGUAGAAAAAAAAAUUGGGGUCAAUUUCGUAUUGCCUUUGACCGCAACUGAGGUUUCAUUCACUCCCGGAAAAAAAGAUAGUAAUUUUGAAAAAUUAUACGCUGAUAUCGACCCAUCAUUUUUAAAGAAGGGGAUGUCCUUUAUUUAAAUGAUCUACUUGCGAUGGAUUUUUACACAUUGAUUUAAUGUGAGUCAUAAUGGAUAUAUCGUUAACUCCGUUCAAAAGACGUUACGUAGAAAACUGGCGAAAAGAUGUUCAAAAACAUCUUGAGGAAGGAUCCAUAUGUCGUAUAGUCGUAGCGCAAAUUAACAGCGAAGAUGAAGAAAAUUCAGAAUCUGCACCGAAGCCAACAACACCUCUCCCACCUCCAUCGGGAAAUCGCGCGAAGCAAGUCUCGCGAGAGAAAACUCCAAACGAGAAGUUAGCAGAUAUGGCAGUCAGUAGUUCUCUACACAUCCACGCCCUCCCAUCAGUCCGAUUCAUGUACACUAACGCCAUGGAACAAAAGAAAAAUUCCGAAAAACUUUACGGAGGUUUUCCCGUCGCUGGUCGGCAAAGUUCGCGAAAAGACGCUCAGGAAACUGUUAAUUCACAGGAAGAUGAAACCGAGGCUAAGCCUCUUGUCAUCGUUGAUCCUCAACUUAUGACUCCCGUAGACCAUCCAGAACUGAGUACGCAAGAAAAUAAGAAACCAAACAGUAAAGAUGUUCGUUUUCCGAUGAAAAUCUCGUCCUUAAAACCUCAGGUCGAAUCCAAAAAAUACAGCAGAUUGCCGCUUUUUGCCAAAUGUAAAAUUCAAUCAACAGAGAGAAACAGUUUUGUGGUUUCCCGGUCAAAUUUUCUGAAAAAUGGGAAAGCAAAGAAUCACAGUUUCUUAACCCUCCCGGUGCGGUUCCAAAUUCAAGCUCAGACGAAUGAACGUUUAAUUCAGAGUUCUGAAAAUUACAUUCUUAAAGAGAAAACAAAUUUAACACAAACACCUAGGAAUGAUGUGAGAUCCCCACGAAAGGUAGAUUUUCCCCUCCCUACACCCCGUAUAGCUUCCAAUACUGUCUGGGCGUGGUAGAACGGGGCUGUUACCAUUUCCCCGCCCCCCAUCGUAGCAUCCAAAAUUGUUUUGAGUUGGUAGGGCGGAGUAGUUUUGUUCCAUUUCGUGAUAAUUCCAAAGACUGUCUUUUGCUAAAUUGAUAUUACUAUAAUUGUUCAUUUAUUGAGAUAUUUUGAUUUUCGCCCAUAAAAUUUAGAUUGUUUUCGUCAAAUAUCUUCGAGUCAACUGAACAAUGGUA